AUGGAUUCAGGAAGAGAAGAUGAGGGCAUGGUGAAGUUGCGCUUCUGUCCUAACAGCAAUGAUUUACUGUAUCCCAAGGAAGAUCGAGAAAGGCAAAAGUUAGUUUAUGUCUGUAGAAACUGCGACUAUUUGAUAGAUGCCGACAGUGACUGUGUAUAUCGUAACUCAAUCGCCCAUACAUCAGAUGAAGUUACGACUGUAAUUCAAGAUGUUCGCACGGACCCGACUCUCCCGAGAUCUAACGAUGCUCGUUGUUCUAAAUGUGGUCACAGAGAGGCAGUAUUUUUCUCGUUAACAACAACAGAUGGUAUGUCCUUAUUUUUUCAGUGUGUUUCGUGUGCAUACAAGUGGAAGGAUACAGGAAGUGCCGUUGAAGAAAGCUAA